AUGCCACCCCAAGUGCAAACACGAAUGAAUACCACUCCAAAAGUGGUCCAAGGAGACUUGAAGAGCCUGUCGCCCAAUGUGAGAAAGUUCAUUGAAAACAAUGCCAAGCUGUGCCAACCGAAGGCCAUCCACAUCUGUGAUGGAUCAGAGGAUGAGAACAAAAAGAUCUUAGAGCUCAUGGUGGAACAAGGCAUGAUCAAGAAGCUUAGAAAAUAUGAAAAUUGCUGGUUAGCCUGCACCGAUCCAAGGGACGUGGCCAGAAUUGAAAGCAAAACUGUAAUUGUGACUCCAGAGCAGCGAGACACCAUCCCAAUCCCCCAAAGUGGAGUGAGCCAGCUGGGACGGUGGAUGUCAGAAGAAGACUUUGAGAAAGCCUUCAGGAUCAGAUUCCCCGGGUGCAUGGAAGGUCGUACUAUGUACGUCAUCCCAUUCAGCAUGGGACCGAUUGGUUCUCCUUUAUCCAAGUUUGGGAUUGAGCUGACUGAUUCUCCUUACGUGGUGGCCAGUAUGAAAAUUAUGACUCGUAUGGGAACAUCUGUCCUAGAGGCUCUGGGUGAUGGAGAAUUUGUAAAAUGCCUCCAUUCAGUUGGGUGCCCUUUACCAUUAAAAAAGCCUCUAGUGAAUAACUGGCCGUGCAAUCCAGAUUUGACGUUGAUUGCUCACAUCCCUGAUCACAGGGAGAUCAUUUCUUUUGGAAGUGGCUACGGGGGAAACUCCCUUCUAGGAAAGAAGUGUUUUGCUCUUAGAAUUGCCAGCAGGAUCGCCAAGGAAGAGGGCUGGCUUGCAGAGCACAUGCUGAUUUUAGGUAUCACAAAUCCAAAAGGUGAAAAAAAAUACUUUGCGGCAGCGUUUCCUAGCGCUUGUGGAAAAACCAAUCUGGCUAUGAUGAAUCCAUCUUUGCCAGGAUGGAAAGUGGAAUGCGUUGGAGACGAUAUUGCUUGGAUGAAAUUCGACGACAAAGGUAAUUUAAGAGCCAUCAACCCAGAGAAUGGCUUUUUUGGAGUUGCUCCUGGAACCUCUGUGAAAACCAAUCCCAAUGCUAUGAAGACAAUAAAAAAGAAUACAAUCUUCACCAACGUGGGAGAAACUAGUGAUGGAGGCGUAUAUUGGGAAGGUAUCGAUCAGGAGCUUCCACCAGGAAUCACUCUCUUGUCUUGGAAAAAGAAAAAAUGGACUGCUGAGAAUGAAGAGCCUUGUGCUCAUCCCAAUUCCCGAUUCUGCUGUCCUGCUAGCCAGUGUCCUAUUAUUGAUCCUGCCUGGGAAAAUCCAGAAGGCGUCCCAAUUGAGGGGAUCAUAUUUGGAGGACGGAGACCUGAAGGUGUGCCUCUAGUUUAUGAGGCUCUUAACUGGCAGCACGGGGUAUUCAUUGGUGCAACAAUGAGAUCAGAAGCAACAGCCGCUGCUGAAUAUAAAGGUAAGUUAAUGUGAAAUAACACCUUGGCAUUUAAA